ACGGGAAGGGCGCGGCUUCCCGCUGCUGUUGUCGUCCGCUGCCUUCCGAAGGAGAGGAGUCCGAUCGGGGGCUUUGCUCGCGGGAGCGGCAGGCGGGCGGUGACGGCGCGGUGGCUCUUCCAGUCGGGGACAUGUCGAGGCGGGCGGGGCUCCGGCAAGCCGCUUGGAGGAGACGAGUGGCCGCGCAGGCGACGGCGGCGCCCGACUCGAGUUCCUCCGGGAGACUGCGCCGCUCGACGCCCCCCCGGCCCUGAGCCCCGGACGCGGCCCGCGGAAGGGAGUUCAACUGCACUGCAAAGUACCGAAGGCCUCUUUGGCCCCAGGAAGUGCAAUAAUGAAGCUGUUGGAAAACUCCAGUUUUGAAGCCAUCAACUCCCAGUUGACAGUGGAAACGGGAGACGCGCAUAUUAUUGGCAGGAUCGAGAGCUAUUCGUGCAAGAUGGCCGGGGAUGACAAGCACCUCUUCAAGCAGUUUUGCCAGGAGGGUCAGCCACACGUCCUGGAGGCUCUGUCGCCGCCCCAGACCACCGGCAUCAGCCCUAACCGGCUCAGCAAGAGCCAGAGUGGAGACGAGGAGGGGCCCCUCAGUGACAAGUGCAGCCGAAAGACCCUCUUCUACCUGAUCGCCACCCUGAACGAAUCUUUCCGCCCGGACUACGACUUCAGCGCCGCCAAGAGCCACGAGUUCAGCCGGGAGCCCAGCCUCAACUGGGUGGUGAAUGCCGUGAACUGCAGCCUCUUUUCUGCCGUCCGGGAGGAUUUCACUGCUUUGAAGCCUCACCUGUGGGACGCGGUCGACCAGGAGAUCUGCCUCUCCGAGUGCGACAUCUACAGCUACAACCCGGAUCUGGAUUCGGACCCCUUUGGGGAGGAGGGCAGCCUCUGGUCGUUCAACUACUUCUUCUACAACAAGCGCCUGAAGAGGAUCGUCUUCUUCACCUGUCGCUCCAUCAGCGGCUCCACCUACCGUACUCACUCCGAGGCUGGGAAUGAGUUGAACAUGGACCUCAGUGAGGACGAUGCCGAGGAGACCCCCGGCAGCUGCGACAGGGACGGGGGCAGCAUUGAGGCGGAGAAGAGGCAGGUGGUCUGCAUGUGAUUCCUGUGCCGGGGGCUUCUCCCAUGGAGGACGGCGCUGCCAGCUCUUUCCCCAAACAACUCGGCCUUGUUGCGUUGCUCUGCCUGCCCUGUGGAUGCUGCGUGCGGAAUUGGCCCUCCGGACGCCCAGGAUGCUGCCAGCAAGUCCUCCGCCUGCCGGCUCAGCCUUCAGGGACCCAGUUCUUGUGACUCUGCGCCUCUCCUGCCCUGCCUGCGGGACACGACGAUUUGCAGGCGGGGAGACACGGCCCCGAGGCUGGCUGAUGGGAGGGGGGGGCCGGACUGGCUGCUGCGGGGGCUCCUUUUAGCCUUGAGACCCUGGAAGGAGAAGCUGAAUUAACAUGGGAACCCCCCCCCCUUUUUUUAAUCCCCCCCCCAAGACCUUUGCCCUCAAAUAGCUGGACUGGCAUUUGGGGCCCUCUGGCUUCCCCCAGGGCUCCUAGAGAUUUUAUUUUUGUAUUCCUGCCAAGGGUCUGCUUGUGCCCCCCUCCCCAGCACUUUUACCAGCUGCAGCAGCAGCGGCUCCCCCUUCCCAAAGACUGAUGGAGGCUAGCUUCCCCCCCCCCUCCCAACAGGAGCCCCCAGCAGCGCUCCCUGCACUGAAGGGGCCAGGGCUGUCCAUCCAUUUGUCCGUCCAUCUGAACAGCAGUCCCCUCUCCUUCUGCCCUGCUCUCCUUUCGCACUGACUCAGAUUCCUGCCUGGGGGGUGUGUGUGUAUCUUUGUGUGUCUUUUGUGGGAGUGGGCAGGUGCCAUUGCCUCUGCUGCAAACAUUUGGACAGCCUGCCCCCCCACUGGGGCCAAUGGUGGGGACAGCAAUUCCUCUCCAUUCCCUGCCUUCAAAUGGGGUGCAGUAUAAAGGGGGGGGGUGCUAUUCUCCAGGACCCCCACCAAAAUUCAGCCUUGCAUAGACACUCCAAAUCUGCCCAUUGCAGGAGCACUUAAUCUCCCCCCCCCCCCCCCGUGGAAUGGUGGUCCCUCUGGAAGACAU